AUGUCUGAUAAGACUACUAAACUUCAUAGUAGGGAAGAUGUACAUGAAAAUGGAACUAAUCAACCAUUACCAAUAUUACCAAUCAAAAGAUCAAAAUUAAUUUCGACAGAUUCACCUUUACAAACUAGAGCUGCUUCUCCUUUAAUUUUAAAUCCUCCAAUUGAUAACGAUGGAUUAUCUUGGCCAUCACAAGGUGCAAGAUCAAGAAUUGAACAGUCACCAGAGGAGGCAAAAGAAAGAGAAGAAAGAAUUGCUAAUGCUGUUAAAGUUGUAUUGAGUGAACUUGGUGAAGAUAUUAAUAGAGAAGGUUUAUUAGAAACUCCCGAAAGAUAUGCAAGAGCCAUGUUAUAUUUUACAAAAGGUUAUGAAGACAAUAUUAGAAAUGUUAUUAAGAACGCAGUAUUUGAAGAAGAUCAUGAUGAAAUGGUUAUAGUUCGAGAUAUUGAAAUUUAUUCACUUUGUGAACAUCAUUUGGUUCCAUUUUUCGGUAAAUGUCAUAUUGGUUAUAUUCCAAACAAACGUGUUUUAGGUUUAAGUAAAUUAGCAAGAUUAGCUGAAAUGUACAGUCGUAGGUUUCAAGUUCAAGAAAGAUUAACAAAACAAAUAGCUGUUGCACUUCUGGAAAUUUUGAAACCAAGAGGAGUGGCUGUUGUUAUUGAAGCUCAACACAUGUGUAUGGUUAGUAGAGGUGUUCAAAAGACUGGUUCUUCAACAACUACCAGUUGUAUGUUGGGUUGUUUCAGAGAUCACCAAAAAACCAGAGAAGAAUUUUUAACCUUAUUAGGUAGAAAAUAA